UUUGGAGAUUGCUUCACACUAGCGAUUUGGAGAUUGUUCGUGGUGUGUCGGUCGGCUUUUCGUAAUCAUCAUUGAUCGACGAAGUGGAGGGUACCCGAACAUCCGGAUACUUCAGGGAAGAUGGCACGAUCACGCUCAUCAUCGGAUAGAAGGAGGCGCAGGCACUCGUCAUCGCCCUCUGGAGCGCACAGAAGGAAACGCUCAAGACGGGGGAGAUCCAGGACUCCGAGAGAUUGACGACAUAAGAACAAGAUCUCCAUCAUCCAGUAGGAGGAAGGCAGAAUUGGAGUCCCCAAAGCGAUUGGCUCGUCCACAUUGGGAGCAAUGAUGCAAUGAUUUCCGCGUGGUUUAUGGCCGAUCUGAAGGAAGAUCACGCGUGGUUUAUGGCCGAUCUGAAGGAAGAAAUCUUCAAGCUACAACGAGAGAUGGACAAAGUGCUGAUGACACUAGAGCAACUCACCAUGAAGGCGGCAGACAAGAAAUCUAUGCAACAUGAUAAGAAUGAUGGAAGCACGAAGAGAUCAGAGGUGGCAGCUGAAGAACCAAAAGCGAAGGAACCGGUCACCGCAUCUGAACUCAAAUCAAUCAUUGACAAAGCACUGAGACCAGAUCUGCAAAGUGCGAAGCAGGGGGGACAGCGCAAGCGCCAAACACGCAAGCAGGUACUAGCGGAGCAGGACAGAAGGCAGCUGAAGACGAAGGAUUUGUGCAAGAUGCACGAUAUCAAGUACAAGGAUAAACCUCAAGCUAUAUCGCAGUUGCGUAGAGUGCCAGGUCUGAUCGCAUACAACGAACGCGAUUUCAAUCGCGACUCAGACCUCGAGACACAGAUCAAUCCAGAUCCCGACAAUAUCAGGAUCGGAUCAUCCACCGACGAAAAGACAGAGGAAGAGGAGGAGAGUUCGGAAUCAAGUGAGGAAGAUGAUGACUCGUCAGACACGUCUUCAAGUACUGAAGACCUGUCGGGAAGGCCUGGCCUGGACAAGUUCAUGGCUGUCUACCUAGAUGAUAUUCUGGUAUUCAGCCGAACUGCCAGGGAGCAUGCGGAGCAUCUAGCUCUGGUUCUUCAGUUGUUACAUGACAGCCAGUAUAAGAUCAACAGAGAGAAGUCCUCUUUUGGAGUUCCCUCUGUCAUCUAUCUGGGUAAUGAAAUCUUUGGAGAUGGGAUGGCCCCUGAAGCAGCCAAAAUUGCUGCUAUUCAGGAGUGGCCCCAACCACAAACAGUGAGGGAUGUCAGGUCCUUCAUGGAUUUGGCUUCGUACUACAGAAAGUUUGUCAGAAACUUUUCUGCGGUGGCCGCACCCCUGAUUAACCUAACAAAGAAAGACACUCCGUUUCUUUGGUCCCUCCCCUGUCAGCUGGCCUUCACACAACUCAAGAAGGCCUUGACUCGUGCACCAGUGCCGAAGUUGGCUGACCCCACUUUGCCAUUUAUCCUGACCACUGACGUCAGUCAGGAUGGCAUUGGGGCAGUUCUUCAGCAAGAUUAUGGGAAUGGUCUACGUCCUGUAGAGUUCAAGAGCAAGAAGAUCAAGACACAGAAGCUUCAGGACUCUACCUACGAGAAAGAGCUGUAUGCUCUUGUCUGUGCACUAAAGCAUUGGAAGCACUUUCUCCCGGGAAGACACUUCAAGAUCUUUUUUUAUCAUUCCACAUUACAGUGGAUGAAGUCCCAGGGAGAAUUAAACGAUAAGUUAGCACGGUACAUUCAGUUCAUUGACAUAUUUGACUUUGAACUGAAACAUAAGAAGGGCUGCUACAAUAAAGUAGCAGAUGGCCUCUCUCGUAGGCCUGACUCUUUUGCGUUGAUCUCCUCCACUCACUCCUUUGGAGAGGAGACCCGUCAAACCAUUGCUCGUUUACUGCCUCAGGACCCGACUUAUGGACCCAUAGUCAGGAAUCUGCAAGCAAAUCCCAACCCUGAACCAGGCUAUGCCCUGAGUUUAGACUUGUUGUAUACUUACAGCUGGGGUGAGGAGCACUUAUGCAUUUCCCAGGAUCGGCGACUGAGGACUCUGCUGAUGUCAGAGUGCCAUGAUGCACGCGAUCGUUUUGGGUUCCUAAAGUCAUAUGCAACCUUGUCGCAACGCUUCUUCUGGAGGGAGAUGCGGAGUGAUCUGCUGCACUAUAUUGAAACCUGUGAGCUCUGCCAUAAAAAUAAGGUCCAGCGUAGACCUCCUCUGGGACUGCUCAAACCCUUGCUUAUACCUGAUGGUCUUGCUGAAUCUGUAUCUAUAGAUUUUACAGAUCUAGGCAAGGCCACCCCUCGUGGCAUGCGUCAGGAAAAGGCGAAGAGCGACAUCGAGCGGCUGUUUUCCGGUGUGAGCAAGACCAGAGAUAAUCUUGCGCUCGUGGAUGAAUUGCUGACUUAUUGGAAUUUGAGUGACUCCGAGUCCACGUUGGAAGAAUUAGAAGAUGCCUUAUUGGUGGCGGAUUUCGGUCCUCGAACUACUCUGAAGAUAACUGACAAGAUCAGAGAGGAGGUUCGAACCGGCAACCUGAAGACUGGCGCCGAAAUCAAGGCAGCACUUAAGCAAACCAUCCUCGAUCUGUUAACCCAGAAGGAGGUUGCAUCUACAGAGUUAAACUUAGGAGGCAGUCAUCCAGGGGUAAUUAUGGUGGUGGGUGUGAAUGGUGGUGGGAAGACAACGACCAUCGGAAAGCUCGCUCAUCGGUUGAAGAACGGGGGUGCAAAGAUUCUGAUGGCGGCCGGAGAUACGUUCCGAGCGGCAGCUGGGGAGCAGCUGGAGGUUUGGGCGGCACGCACAGGUUCGGACAUAGUCCAGGCUGAAGGUCCCAAAACUAGACCAGGUUCGGUCUUAUCUCGAGCAGUGCGAAAGGCGCUCGACGAUGGUGAUGUGGAUAUUGUUCUAGCGGAUACUUCAGGGAGAUUACACACCAAUUUUGAUCUCAUGGAAGAACUUAAGGGUUGCAAACGGGCCAUAACAAGAGCAAUGCCUUCUGCCCCUCAUGAGGUGUUGCUAGUGCUUGAUGGGACAACGGGGCUGAACAUGCUGCCUCAAGCGCGUGAAUUCAAUCAGGUUGUCGGUGUGACUGGCUUCGUGCUGACGAAACUUGAUGGCACCGCCAGAGGUGGAUGUGUCGUGAGUGUUGUUGAUGAGCUCCGUAUUCCCGUGAAGUUCGUUGGUGUUGGAGAGGGGCUUGAUGAUUUGCAACCCUUUGAUGCGCAGGCCUUCGUCGAUGCAUUAUUCCCUUCCUGAUCUCUAACCCCUACUCUUCUUCCUUGAUUCUCCUUUCCACCUUUAAAAAUUCUUUUAAAACUCUUGCAGACAUUGUGAUUAGCGUGCAUUCCAUUGUCUCGGAAAAAUUCUCCCAUAGCACAACCUGCAUAAGGAGCAAAAAAUUGAAGAGGAGCAGGAUCUGAUGCAGUGGCUGCCACAAUAAAUUGAUAGAUUGAUAGAAUGAUAGAUGUGAUUGAUUGGUAGAUUGGUAGAUUGAUUGAUUGAGAUUGAUUGAUUGAUGGAUGGGCUUGAUAGAUGAGCUUGCUAGACCCCUGGAUAGAUUCAUGGAUUGAUUGGUACAUUGAUAGACUGAUCGAUUGAUUGUUAGGUAGUCUUGAUUGAUUGAUAGGCUGACACAUUGAUUGGUGGAUAGAUGCGCUACUGCCUUUUGUGAUCUGCUCCUCUUCUUUCUUGGUUCUUUCUGCGGUCUUUCCUUUUCUAUUGAUCCAUGCAUGGGGGGGGGGGGGGGGGGGGGGGGGGGGAGAGAGAGAGAGAGAGAGAGAGAGAGAGAGAGAGAGAGAGAGAGAGAGAGAGAGAGAGAGAGAGAGAGAGCUUCUUUUCUGCUUUUUGUGUCGUUUCCGUCAAGGGCAGCGCAGAGCUGCUUUUUUGCUUUUCGUG